UUGUGAUCGAUAACAGCGUUUAUUUAUUUAUAGAGCGAACACUCAGCUCUGUAGAAAUGCUUGUCGGGGAAACUGAAGGUUUGACUCCACUGGGGCUCCGUAGCCGCUCUAACUUUCCAGAUAAAGUUCAGUAAAGAUUUGGAGCCUCCAGUAAACAGAGGGUGGUUCCGCCCAGAUGUCGGCGCUGUAACUGGUUUCCAGGUCAGAUCCAGUCCGCCGGAACUACCUGUUCCACCUGGAAACUUUGGAGCCGCAGGCAGCCCGGGAGCGCUGCAUGCUGGGAGGAACUCAGCAGCUGACUGACUCCACCUUCACCUCCAGCCGUCACACACCGCCCGGCUGGCCGCUCCGACCGCCGCUGGACCCCUCUGUCUUCACACCGAGUCAUGGACCUGCGGGACCGGCGUCUCACGGUGUAGCCGCGGCGCGUCCCGUGGGACCGGAGUGUGAUGGAGCCAGACGUGAUCCGGAUGUACUCUUCGUCGCCGCCGCCGAUGGACGACGGCGCAGAGGAAGAGGACGAUGAGUUUGGGGACUUUGGGACGUUCUCCGGCGUCCCCAGCAGCGUCAGCUUCUCCGAGUUGGACACGCCGACGUCCUUUGACCAAAAUCAGGCACUGACCGCCACCUCGCCGCCCGACCUUCACAAUGGCAGGGGGGUGCUGGGCUUUGGCCACGCCCCCUUUGGCGAACCGCCCAAGGUCAACGGCCGCCUGGACGUCCGUCCCCCAGAGUGGACGGACGCCAGGAAGACGGCGUCCUCCUCGCAGGAGGUCUCUGUUGAUUGCAACGGUGAAGAUGCAGAGGUCCUGACCAACGGGUUUGUGACCUUUGACCUUCAGGGAAGCCCCUCCUCACAAGACUCUGUCCCCUCUCAUGCCAGAGGACCGUCCACGGAGGACAGGGACAGUGUCCCGGUCCAAGAGGACGCCGUCCAAAAGGAUGAGUUUGCAGACUUUGCUGCUUUUUCUGACUCUGAAGAGACGCAGAGUCAGAGGGACAGGGCCGGUCCACCGGGGACGUCCGCCUGUCCCCAGGACAGGGCCGGUCCACCGGGGACGUCCGCCUGUCCCCAGGACAGGGCCGGUCCACCGGGGACGUCCGCCUGUCCCCAGGACAGGGCCGGUCCAGUGGAGACAGCCGUCUGUCCCCAGGACGAUGAGCGGGGAGCAGAGGACGCAGUGAGGGACGUCCACCGGGCCGAGGCCCCCGCCGGCUCCUGUAACAUGGACCGGGGCCUGGACUGUCCCUCGGGGGACACGUGUCUCUCUGUUUGCACUACGGGGCGUCUGUCCCCGAACGGGACGGAGGACGAGGACGAGUCCCGGGAGGCGGGGGACGAGCGUAGCUCUGAGACGUCUCUGGGCCGGCUGCUGUCCACGGACGGCCUGGAGGACCUGGGGGACAUCAGCACCACGGGGUCGUCCCCGCCGCCGCCGGGGGACGCCACCACGCCCGCCGGGGACGACUUUGGAGACUUUGGGGACACUGUGUCCUUCGGGACUCAGGGCUUUUCUGACUUUGAGCAGAACCGACCGGACGGUCUGGAACCUCCAGAACCUGCUGGGUCCGAGUCGGAGGACGACUUUGGGGACUUCAACUCCCCUAAGGUCCUCGGUGGACAGCGGGACGGAGACGGGGGGACGUUUGCCGACUUUCCCAGCAGUGAAAGUUUCGGGAAAUUUAGCUCAGCGAAAGACGGCGAGGAUGAUUCGGGCUGGAGCGCCUUCAACGAGCAGAACCAGGAGGAUGGAGAGUCCUGGGCGGCGUUCAGCCCAGAGCCGAGCGGCGAGGAGGACCGGGACGAAGACGGAGAGGACGCUGGGAGGACGGUGCCUCUGCCGGGGGCGCUGUCCAGCCGUCUGGAGAAACUGUUCCUCAGCAGCUUCCCUGUUAGCUCCGCCCACAACCAGCAGCAGGUGGGGGAGGGGCAGCAGGUGGAGACCCUCAAGGUCCUGCUGGAGCCACGAGGUGAGGAAGAGGAGAGGCUGAGCAGCAGGUCGGCGCGCGGCGGCGUCUGGACGCAGCUUCAGGACGUCCAUGAGGCUCUGGGCCUGCGGUACCAGUGGGGGGGUUCCCAUGGCAACAAGGUGCUGCUCUGCUGCCUCGGCAUCGACACCAGGAACAUCCUGUUCACGGGUCAGAAGAAGCAGCCUGUCAUCGUGCCGAUGUAUGCGGCUGGCCUGGGGAUGCUGGAGCCGACCAAGGAGCCGCUGAAGCCCGUCUCUGCUGCCGAGAUGAUCGCCUCCAUCGCCCAGACUCCGCCCGCCGUCGCAGAGAAGAGCUCCGUCCAGCCCGACUCGGUGCAGCAGGAGGCGCUCCCCCCGGUCCAGUUCGACUGGAGCAGCAGCGGCCUCACCAACCCUCUGGACGCCAGCGGAGGCUCGGCUCUGUUGAACCUGGAUUUCUUUGGUCCGGUGGAGGAUUCAGGCUCCAGCAGCUCAGCCUCCAUCCCAGGCGUGGACCCGGAGCUGUUCGAGCUCACCACCGCCAAGCUGGACCCGAGCGGCGCCGGCAGCCGUGUGGCCGAUGCCUUCGCUCGCCUCAUGUCCACCAUGGAGAAGACCAGCACGUCCACCAGGAAGCCCAGGAGGGAGGAGAACCUGAGCGACGAGGCGGCCAAGGUGAUCGCGGCGCUGCCGGACCUGUCCUUCAUGCAGGCCAAGGUUCUGAUGUUCCCCGCCACGCUGACACCGCUCUGCUCGCAGGCCACGCCCGACUGAAGCCCCGCCCACACGCAUCACUUCCUCAUCUACAUCUUUGAUUUUUCCAUCUUUCAGUUUCUCUCGGUGGGGGUGUACAUAAUCAGGGAUUUAAUGUUUUAUUUGAAUGAUUCUGCUUUUAUUCUGGCGGGACUAUGAAGGAAACACUGGCUGAACAUAGAGAUCUAUAAAGUAUGAAUACAUUUAUAUCAACAUAUAGAGUCUUUAUAAGAAUAUUUAUGGACUGAAACCACACUGCCUGCAGAAUCCAGUUGAAUGUUCGUCCUCGUUCGUUUCCGAGGCCUUAGUUCGUCCCGCCGCUUCCUGUCCUCCCCGUCCGUCUCGUCCGGGACGCGUGGCUGGAACCGGAAGGUUCUGGAGCUGUGAAGGAGUAAAGGGACCAACCCGUCUGUCGUUUUGUUUUUGCUCUAACUGCUGUGGCCGUCUCCCUGGAGGGUUUUGCACAUUGUGAAGAUGAUUGGAUGUAAUUGUAGUUCACUGUGGCUUCAGACUGUAAACUGAGGAAGUUCCUAUGGAAAACCGCUGAAUCACUGGAAGAGCCUGCGAGGAGUCGCCCUGCAUGCCGGGUCUUCCCAGACUGGAAAUGUGUAAAUUUUAGUGUACACAAGAUAUUAAAAUAAUUUAAGAG